CGUCAGCACACACAAAAAAAAAACUGGUCGACAGCCAGGUCUCUGCAGACAUCAAGCUUCUGGCUUUGCAACGCCCCUCUGAAGGGAAGGGAAUACUCGGUUUUAAACCCGAUAAGGCGAGUGAGUGAGUGGACCAUUUCCAGUGUGUUUUGCUGGAAAAGUGAAACUGGAUGUCCGGAACCAGCUGAGGAAACGCGCAACAUCAACUUUAUAGAGUAAAAUAAACACCUCUAAGAAGCGACAAAUAAGAUGGCGUCGGCCAACGAUACCCGUAAUCAGACGCAGGUGCAGAAGGAUGUGGCCGAUCAAAAUUUUGACUACAUGUUCAAGCUCCUCAUCAUUGGCAACAGCAGUGUUGGAAAAACUAGUUUUCUGUUCCGUUUCGCUGACGACUCCUUCACCUCUGCGUUCGUCAGCACGGUCGGCAUCGACUUCAAAGUCAAAACGGUUUACCGUAAAGAGAAGCGAGUCAAACUCCAGAUAUGGGACACAGCAGGGCAGGAGAGGUACCGAACCAUAACCACAGCGUAUUACAGAGGGGCCAUGGGCUUUCUGCUAAUGUAUGACAUUACUAACCUAGAAUCCUUCUACGCCGUGCAGGACUGGGCAACUCAGAUUAAAACGUACUCGUGGGACAACGCUCAGGUGAUUCUGGUGGGGAACAAAUGUGAUCUGGAGGACGACAGGCUGGUGGCCAGAGAGGACGGGCAAAGACUGGCUAAUGAGCUAGGCUUCCAGUUUUUCGAGGCAAGUGCAAAGGAUAACAUUAACGUUAAGCAGGUGUUUGAGCGGCUGGUCGACAUCAUCUGCGACAAAAUGAACGAGAGCUUGGACGGAGACCCCAGCAUAUUAACCAAUCACAAAGGCCCAAUUCUGCAAGACACGCCCCCUGAUGGACAGAGCGGCUGUGGAUGUUAAUGAUCCUCUCUCAACAAACACUCCAUACUUGAAGGCAAACAUUCACACACACAUGCACACACUCCCUCUCUCUCUCUUACUCACACGUACACCAGAAGAAAAACUCUUUCAAGCCAAUAUAUACCUAGUAUGAAAUGCCAACCAAGCAGUAAGAAUCCAGCAUAAGCCCUUUAAAAUGAAUAAUCAACACUUCAGUUACAUGAACAGGCCCCUCAGGGAUUGAAUGAAAUGGGACGGGUUUCCCUUUGCGGGAUGUGUGGCUGCUAAUACACUGAACUGUGAUGAGAAAAGCUGGGAAAACACUGCAUGAAACCGCAGAGCAGGAUUUAGAAAUUCACAUGCCAAAGUUUCAACCGUUUCAAACUACACCAGUGUCUGUUUACAUCAUGCUCAGAAAAAAAUUGUCAUUGUGAAGUAGCUUUGAAAUGUAUAUGGAUUAUUUUAAUGGAUGCAAGGUUAUGUUUUACUUUAAUAUAGGUGAUGAAACAUUUUAGGACUGCUCUGGAAAUAUCCAGUCAAUAUGAUAUUC